AUGUCGUCGACCACCUUUUCACUGACGAUGCCGGCGUCUCAGCCAUCGUCAUUCCCAGAAGCCACGGAGAAAAGACGUUGCUGGGAGUGUCAACGUCGUCGGCUAGUCUGUGACUCGGUCAAGCCAGUCUGCAACAGAUGUCGAGCCUCGGGCAUUGUUUGCCCUGGCUACGACGACAGAAAGCCACUGACUUGGCUUGCACCUGGCAAAGUCACCUGUCGUACUCGCCGCAAGGGGCUUGCAGCGGACAAGGACACGGGCACGAAGAAGACCGCGAGGACAAAGCCGAAGCCGAAACAUAAAGAGGAUUCUCAGGGCAAGGAAGCGUCGGUCAAAGUUGCAAGUAGGAAUAAAUAUGGCGGGGAGCUUGUCUUUCACUCCACUUUGAGGACUGACAUUUGCGAGAUCUUCGAGGCCGUCCAAUACUUCAACGCCGUAUUCUACCCAUACACCAAAUCUGGACACGCACCAAAGAGCAAUGUGUUUGUCGAUGAGAUCCCCCUGAAGGUUGUCAAAUAUCUGCCAAUUACUAUUGCGCACAACUUGGUCGCUGUGGUCUUUCAUCACCGGAUGCAUGUGCAAAGUGAAUGGAAGAAUGAUUGCCCCUCAAUCAAACAUGCGGAAGCACGGUUGCACCAUCACCGGGGGCUAUCGAUCCGCGCUCUCAACGAAGACAUCGCCAAUGAGAAGACUCAGAGCAGCGAUGUCGUACUGACGGGUGUCAUCCUUCUUCUCCAAUCCGAGAUCAACGCUUGUAUCACACCCUACUGGAGACAGCAUGUUGAUGGUCUCCUGGCUAUGCUACAAUAUCGUGGAGGUGCUCGAGGAUGGGCCAGGUCAGCAUCAUACCUCAAUGGUGUGCUCCUGUCUUUUAUGAUGUAA